AUGUCAAAAUUGGAACCAUUAUUCGAUAGUUACAAUGAGGUUCAGGAACAAAUAGAAACUAUUAGUACUAAUGUCGCCGAGCAGCAAAAAGAGCGCGACCUGUUUGAGGGCAUAUACUUUAAGACCAUGGCGCUAGCUAAGUCGAAGUUAGGUGUAGUGGCGGAGCAACAGCACAACUGUAGCUGUGAUACCGACGGCACCCACAAGGCGCACGGAGCUACUGUCAAACUACCUAUCAUUCAGUUAGCCAAGUUCGACGCUGACGUCACUAAAAUGUAUAGGCAGGUCGAAGUUAAUGAGUCACAAAGACCCCUUCAACAAAUACUGUGGCGCGACGAGCCUAGCGAACCUCUGCGGGCCUACGAGCUAAACACGGUAACGUACGGCACUGCUUCGGCUCCAUUCUUAGCGAUACGGUGUCUCAAGCAGUUAGCCGACGAAUGUACCGACCCGCUGAUUCAAGAGGUGAUCUCUAAAGACUUCUACGUCGAUGACGUCAUCACAGGCGCUACAAAAUAA